AAGGAAUUAAUCACUAAUAAGUUGUCAUCUGAAUCUUACACAUUCUUUGUUAAUUGAAAACAUUUGGAAAUUUCUUUUCCAUUUUUUCUUUGUUUUUGAUUUUUUGAUUUUAUUUUGAAUUUUUUAAUUUUUUGAUUUUUUUGAUUUUUUUUCGUGCAGUUCAUUUUAAAAAAGCAUAAAUAAAUAAUUGGGCGCCAAGCCGCCAAGUAAUAACAAAAGCAGAAGCCCACACCGCAAUUCACAAAUCAGAGAGUCGGAACCGGAAAAUAAAUUCACGAUAAAAAGUAGCUUGGAGAAGAGAGCUUGAAGUCAUGGCGAAUCCGGCUUCGAUCAAACCUGUGAGUCCAGCUUCGUUUUCUUUCUUUUCUCUUUGAUCUUUCCUUUUCGAUAUUUGCCGCUGAAAUUGCGUUUCGGUUCUUGCGAUCUUGAGUUGAUUUGUCGCUGAAAUUUGAGUUUCUGUACUUGCGAUCUUGAAUUGAUUCGUCACUGAAUUUGAUCUGUGCUUUAAAUGUGUGCUGCUGCUGUUGAUUCAUCGCUGACAUUUGCGUUUCGUUGCUAAAAUAUGAUGCUGCAUUGUAUUAUUUUUGAGUUGUAGUGUCGCACUAGAUUGCGGUAAUCUUCGAAGUUUGCUUAGGGUUUUGCUCUUCUCUGUUCUUAUCUUGCAUUCUAUAAUAUAAUUACUCUAGUAUCACCGAUGUUUUCCGUCGAUCUUGAGGUCUUUGUUUGAGAUCUUUGAUUCUUGCAAGUUCGUGGAACUACGACGGCUGUGUUCGAUUGAAUGCAAUUUCACCAACACGAAUUUGAGUUUGAUUCUUAGAGAUAAUGCUUGAAUUAAUUUGUGCGUUAGCGUUGAUCAUGGAUUUGUUGAACAUGUCCAAUCGUGGUAGCUGCUAAUUAGUCGAUUUCAUUUUAAUUUGGUCUCUUCUUUUUAUGUAGGUGGAUUUGUAAAAAAUUGAGUUAGAAGAUGAUGGUCUGAUUGAUGAGGAUAGUUUGUUGACAGAGGAGGAUAGGAAGAGACCGGUUCUACCUGUUGCAGUUACAAUCCCAAGUAAACCACCUUGCAAGAAAGUAGAGAUGGUAGUCUCCCACCCCAGUAGAUUUGAACAUUUGCAGCUCGCAAUGUGGCAGUGCAUUUUAAGUAUAUCUGCUCUUUUGUUUAAUUUGUACAAUCUGCAGUGUGGACUUGGGGAUGCUUUUCGAUGCUCUGCAUGUCCUGUUAAGGGUAUUCCUCCAUUCAUACUAGACAAGAAGGCAGGCUGUGCUGUUGAUUUCACCAAUUUCGAGAGGCAUUGUGACUUUGAAAGAUGCAAAAAAGAGGAUGCUUUUCGUUGCUCUGUGUGUCCUUUUAAGGGUCUCCCUAGUUUGGAAACAGGCAAUAAGGUACAUUUGUCGGCCAAGUUCAGUGAACCAGACAGCUAGACUUGUUGGUGCCGUCUGCGGAAUGAAGUUUUGGUACAGAAUGGUCAACUAUGUGAUGUUGAAUGGUCCCAGAUACUACUACUAUGUUGUAAAUUCACUUUCCCAAAUCAACAAUUUUUACCGUAGAUAAUUGGUAGAAACAUAUCGUACAUGUACUCAGGCGAUAGAGAUGUGGGCAUGUAUAUAAAUAAGCAGGCUUUUCAGGAGCAGGUGGUGUUGGAUUUGCCCAGUUACAUCUGUCGAGAAUGGCUUUUGUAUAUGGUUCAUGAAUCUGUGAACGCUUUAAGUUUCUCUGA